GGAAGAUAAACUGUCCUUCGACGAUCUUGUGACUUAUUCUUUGAAAAGAGAACCUUCCUCACCUCGAACGACCUUCCACGACCUCCCAGAUAUGAAGUGACAGACCUCAACACAAUGUCCAAAGAAGAUGAUGACAGCAGCUGGAGGGACAGACUCGGAAUCGACUUCAAAAUAGAAUUGUCAGACUCGGACAUUGAAGAUGAUCAAAAUAAGUCACCAAGAUCAGUCAAAAACAGUCAUGAUAAACUUACCAAGAGCAGCAGUGGCAGUGAAGAUGUACAGGAAACGGAAGAAACAGAAACACUGGAAAGUUUUGACUCCUUCACUCAGGAGGAGGAGGAACUGGCUCGCUACUUAGGGGAAUAUGGAAAGACUCCGCCUCGCACUCAUCGCCUCCGUCGUCAAAAGGAAAGAGAUGCCUACUGUUCUCAGGCAAAGGUUGCAGCCAAGACGAUCAAAGCCACCCUGAAGCGUCGUGACACAGCUGAAAGGUUCCUCUCCCUCCCAGGAUUCUCAGAACAUGGCUUUGGAGAUGCAACUCCAGAAAGGUCAAGGAGGCAGUAUCGAGAGCGUAAAAGAUCCAUGGAUCGGCAGCGAACCUUUGAGAGGGAAUGGAAGCUCUCAGAAGUUGAGAAUCUGUCAAUUAUAAUGAAUGCAGCAACCACAGCUGAUAUAAAUGAUGAACGAUGCGAAAGCUUGCCACCACACUGUGCUGCAGUUAGGGUUGAUUCAAGAUCACGUUACAUGAGUGUCUCCAGCCGUAGAUUAAGUGAGGAUGAUGAUGCUGACCAGACUGAUAGUUGUCGUAAAGUUUCUACAGCAGAAUGUCCACAAGACCGUUUAAGUUAUUUUGCAAAACUGCAAAGUUUAAUCAAAACUAGUACACAAGAAGUUCCAGUCCAUCAGCGCCAGAGAAGCGAAGAGGAAGUCCUGUACCAGCAGGAGCUCCACGAGAUGUUAUGGCUAGAACUGCAAGCAUGGCAUGCAGGUCAAGAUUCAAAUUCCUAUGAUAUCUAUUUAGUCAAUCAGAGAAAGCAGGUUUUAGAUGUUAUUAAUGAAGUCCUAAAUUUUACCUUUGAUUCAAACUGUGCAGAGAAGCACCAAGAGGAAGCAGACUUAAAGAUUGUGACUGUUGAUGAGCUCCUCAGUGCAGGGGAGCUAAAGAUCCAAGGCAUACCUGUAACCACCUCUGAUUCUACAGAUGGUGUUGGGUCUAGUAAGGGGGCUGGGGGAGAGGACGAUUGCAGUGGUUGUCUCUCCAUCUGGUGCAAGAUAUGUAUGGAUAAACAAACUGAGGGACUCACUCAAGUGGCAAAGCUAUUGAAGAAACUGGACUAUGUGGAGUCACUAUUUCCUUCAACCAAAAAGCUGGCACUCCAUUUUCCAGAGUGGGAGCAUGCUGACUUUGUCAAUCGUUACAUGGCUUUGUGUGUUUGGUACAAUGCAACAGUGCAGUUGAGAAUGAAGAUUGAAGUCCUUGGGAAACUGCUUGGGAACAUGACUUCAGCCCUUAUUCCAUGGCCUACCUUCAGCACCAGUUUUACAGGUGCUGCAACACCAACUUCAAGUUAUGAUUCAGGGGUCCCACAAACCACUCACUAUGACGAGCCCCCCCAGGAGAAAGAAACACACGCAGAUAAGUCUGCAUCUGUACGUUUUGUGAUAGACUGUGAUAAAUCAGAUGCUAGCUCAAAUCCCUCUGAUUCGAAUAAUUCAACUGAUUCAGGUCAUACUACUGGUAGUACCAACAGUGGGCUGCUAAUGCCUCCUGCACCUUUUCCUCCUCUAGGGGGACUUAAGCGAUGUCUCAGUGACAUUUUUGUGGAAGCAAACCCUUACAGAAAAUAUGUAGAAAAGCUCUUGAGAACUAAAGGCAUGAAAAAGACAUUUGAUAAAGUAGCUGAGGUUAUUCGCGAUGUGAUGUCUCGCACCAUAUGCAUUCUAGAAGAACCCCAUUACCCUGUACGAGAGUCAAAGCAACAAAAGAGUGCAACAGAUAUACCAACAAUGGCAUUAACAGAAAACUUAGAAGAACUUAGUAGAUAUGGACCCUGGAUUCCAAGGUUUGAGAAAAUGGAGCUUCCUCCAUUCUAUGCAACAUUCAUUUUCUUAGCUUCAGUUUCACUUCAGAUGAUGAGGGAGUGCCUGAAGCUCAGGAUUGAGCAGAUGCCUGAAAAACCAUCUAGACUUAGUAUUAAAGAGCUUAUGAGGGAGUUCAAAGAAGGAGUCAAGUUUGCUGUUGUAGUGAGGCAGAAGUACCUGAGGGCUUGCCAUGCGCUCUUUGGCAGUCUUUCUCCACCACUUCGAGAGAAUUUAGAGUUUCGCCAGACUCAAGCAAUUGAGGAGCUAGAUGCUAACAUAAAGAGAAUGUUAGAGGUUUAUCUGGAGUGGCUUGAUCAGUUUGUGUGCAUGUUACACCGUGAGCCUCAUGCAUCAGGGUUGCAACGGAACUUCCUCCAAGAAGAAUGGCGUUUUGUCCAAGCAACAUGUCCCCACGUUAAUGAGGGGGAUAGCUUAGCAGCGACAAGAUUUUGCAAUAUAGCCUGUCACAUGCUGUGUAGUGUGGGCGACUUUAUUGACACAGGAAUCGACGAUCAGAUGGCAGCCAUGCAAGAUUCAACUUUAGAGAAUUUGAAGAGACUCCUUCAGCGAUGUAGAGCCCUUCAAGUUCUCUUAGCUGAAACACGCGAGCGUGCCUUAAGAGCUGCUGGGUUAGCAAAGAUGUUAAGGAAAGACUUAGAGGUUGCUGCAGAAUUCCAAAUCAACUGCAAGCCUGCUGUGGUGCUGAGCAGAUUAAGGGAAACAGGGCACAUCCGAGUGAUUGCACCACACAGCCAAAACCACUUCAUAUUUGUUCCAGCCCGCAUCAAGGAGAAAAAGGAAUACAUCUGGCACUUGCUGGACAUGAGGGUUGGUGGCAUAGGCAUCGAGCAUGAAUCAGAUGAAGAGGGGGGUUAUCUGGUGCUCAUGAGGUGUGACGAGGGGGAUAGUCUUCACACUUUGUGGACUGGCGAUCUGAUCAAAAUAGAACCUACAGCAGAUUGCACAAUUACACUUUCUAGAGUACAGGUGACAAGUAUGAUGGUGGUUGUGUCUACAGGGACAAUGCUCGUGCCAGUCCGGAGAGAAUUUCUUCACUGCAUGGGCAACACUGUAAUUUUAGUGCACGAUCAGACAACCCCCAACAAAGCCAUUACUCAUUCCAUUGAUGAACUAAAGAAAGAGGCUCUAGAACUGUGCAAUAGUCUUCAGAAUAAUAUCCAACAAGUGGAAAGUAUGACAGAUCUAGAACUAGUGAUGCCGAACCUAGAAGAUGGAGAACGGCGGCAACUUCAUUUAGUAACCAGAGACGUGGUUCAUCAAUAUUUCAUGUUUGGCUUCGAGUAUCACAAAGAUGUCACUCGUCUUGUCACUGGUCAUCACCGGGCUUCUGUAGCACCUCUACUGGUUGCUCUUGCACGAAUGUGGAUGAAGUUUGUGCAGAGCCAUUAUUCAGAGGGAAGAGGCAGGAGACCAAGGUGGUCAAAUGCAGGAGUUGAGUUCAUCGUUUUUGUUUGUGACCCACACAAUACAAGGCACCUCAAAGAUGAGGAAUUUGAGAACUUUCGAGGUGAGAUAGAGAAGUGCCUGGUGUACAUAGAAGGAAAAGCUCCUGAGGCCAGCCAGCCAGGGACACCACUGACUCCAGUGCUGCCUAGACAUCACUUCAGGUCUUCUUCCACGUCAUCCAUGGGGCAUAAUGCACCAGAGAGGUCCCUGUCUACACAGUCCUCCCAGAGUGAUUAUUCCCCUGUGGUGAAUCCAACUGACAGCCCACUCCUAAGGAGAAAUCUGCUAAGACGUAGUCAGCACAGCAUAGAAAGAGCAUCUGAUCAAAGUGAUGGAAAGAGCCCACCAAUUGUAGAAAAACCAAUAGAGCGUGUUCGUAGAAGAAUCACAGAAAUGGAUGUCGAAUUGGAUGAGAGCCUACGCGAGGACCAGGUUAUUGGAAGGGUCUCUGAUACGCAGCGUGACAAGAUCCACUUUAAACCUCGAAGCGUCAGCUUUUCAUGGCAAAGAGGUUUCAAAAUUGGCACUGGAAGGUUCUCGAAGGUGUACACAGCUGUCAACAACAACACAGGCGAGUUGAUGGCCAUGAAGGUGUUGCCACUACAGCCAAAUGACCACAGAUCCAUACGUAAAGUGGCCGACGAGUUACGCAUCUUCGAAGGCAUCAGCCAUCCACAUCUUGUGCAGAUCUACGGCGUAGAGAUUCAUAAUGAUGAAAUGCUGAUGUUCAUGGAAUACUGUGAUGAAGGAACUUUGGAAAGCUUGGCCACCAGCACAGAAACAGGUCUUCCAGAGGAGAUAGUUCGUAAAUACACCAGGCAGUUACUGGAGGCUGUGCACUGCCUCCACGACCAUGGCAUUGUUCACAGGGACAUUAAAGGUGCCAAUAUAUUUUUAACAGAAGAAGGAAAUGUGCUGAAACUAGGAGAUUUUGGAUGUGCUGUGAGACUGAGAGGCCACCAGACCGAAGUUGGAGAGCUAGGUGGCAUAGUUGGCACCCAUGCUUACAUGGCGCCUGAGAUUUUCCAGUCAAGUGAGGGUCAUGGUAGAGCAGCUGAUGUAUGGUCUACGGCUUGUGUCGUGAUUGAAAUGCUAACCGGGAAGAGACCUUGGCCUGAAUAUGACAGCAGUGUUCAAAUUAUGUUCCGAGUGGGGAUGGGACAGUCCCCAUCUGUCCCAAGCAGCCUGUCAGAAGAAGGACAUGAUUUUCUUGCUGCUUGCUUUGUCCAUGACCGCAAGAAUAGAGCUACUGUCGCCCAGCUCCUUGAUCAUACAUUUGUAAAGGUUGAUACAGGGGAAGACUGUACAUCAUUGCCACUCUUCUCUCACCCACCCUUCGUGCCUUACAUGAAGCUCCUGUCAAACAGCUGAUUCAUCUGAGCCUGCAGGGAAUAAUAUUACUUAAAGGUGGCCAUGCACUUUAGAAGCUUUGGUUGAUAUUGUCAGGGAAGGAUAGAAGAAUAAGAGAUACUAUGUAAAGCAGAAUGACACUUUACAUGGUGAAAAAUGUAUAUUUCAUUGUAUAUACUAUGCGGUAUGCAUAUGGUUUUAUGGAAUAACACGGUCGUUUCAGAUGCUUACUGGUAAGAUUGUUAUUAAUCUGUCGUAAAGUCAGUCCAGAUAUUUAUUUAAAGUGCGUCCUUUAUUAUAAAUGACUUUGCUUUUAUUUUAAAAGGGACUUCUCGCAGGCACAACACUUCUACACACACUGACACAAUCACACACAACCACAUUGUUAUUGUAGGUUAAAAACAUAGCAAGGUCAUCAUUAAGGAUUUUAGCCAUCCACUGUUACAUGGUAUUAUGCUCCACUUAGUACAAGUUAAGUAAGCCAUAGAAAAAUGGUGAUCAUGGAUUAGAGAGACAAAAAAAGAGAGUAUUAUCUUUCUGAACAUAGUAGUAAAAAAGGAAAACUUGAAUGAUAUUUGGUCAAGUAUGAAAAUGAUAUUACAAGGGAAUA